AUGAAGAUUCGAGCAGCUCUUGCGCUGAGCGCAUCUGCAGGGGUCUUGGCUGCCGUAAUCCCACAGCAGCCACUGCUGAAUAACCCCCAAAUUCAUCAUGAAAACGAAAAGUAUCUCAUAGAGUUGGCACCGUAUCAAACAAGAUGGGUGACAGAAGAAGAAAAAUGGGCAUUGAAACUGGAUGGCGUGAAUUUCAUUGACAUCACUGAGGAGCGAAACCCCGGUUUCUACCCAACCCUGCACCCGGCUAGUUAUGUCCAAUAUCCGUCGAAGAUGGAACAUACCGAGGAGGUUGUCGGCUUGACUCGGGGUCUCUCCAAGGCCAACAUGGAGCAGAAUCUGGAGAAGUUCACCUCCUUCUAUACCCGCUACUAUAAGUCUCAGACCGGUAUCGAAUCGGCGACAUGGCUCUACGACCAAGUUCAAGCGGUCAUCAAACAAUCCGGGGCAGCGGAACAUGGCGCGACCGUGGACCGAUUUGCCCACCCGUGGGGCCAGUUCAGCAUUAUCGCUCGCAUCCCCGGCACGUCGAAUAAGACGAUCGUAUUGGGCGCCCACCAAGACAGCAUCAAUCUGUUCCUCCCGUCUAUCCUGGCUGCCCCGGGCGCCGAUGACGAUGGCAGCGGAACGGUCACGAUCCUUGAGGCAUUGCGUGGUCUGCUGCAGUCAGACACCGUUGCCCAAGCUAAGGCACCGAAUACAAUCGAGUUCCACUGGUACUCGGCUGAGGAAGGUGGUAUGCUGGGUUCCCAGGCGAUUUUCUCCCAGUACAAGCAAGACAGACGCGACGUCAAGGCCAUGCUCCAGCAGGACAUGACCGGUUACAUCCAGGGUGCUUUGAAUGCUGGUCGCCAAGAAGCAGUGGGCAUUAUGAUCGACUAUGUCGAUCAGGGUCUCUCUCGAUUUGUGAAAGAUGUGGUUACUACCUAUUGCAAGGUGGGAUAUUUGGAAACUAAAUGUGGUUACGCUUGUUCCGACCAUACCUCAGCAAGUAAAUAUGGCUACCCCUCAGCCAUGGCCACCGAAGCUGAGAUGGAGAACACCAACAAGAGGAUUCACACGACAGAUGACAAGAUUAAGUAUUUGAGCUUUGACCACAUGUUGGAACAUGCGAAGCUAACCCUCGGCUUUGCUUAUGAGUUGGCGUUUGCUCCGUUCUAA